AUGAGUACCACGACCAAGUGGACAGCCAUGAACGAGGAGAAUCAAUGGCGUCGUACGUUCUGUCAAGUACCAUUCAGUGCCAUUUAUAAGCAUGCGGAUAAAGGAAAGCGUAGUCUACAAGGUCUAGCGUCGUUUUUUCGUCGUAAAGCAGAGGCAGAACGUAGCGCGAAUGCGCAAUUGCUUCAAGAGCUGUUUGUAGACGAGAUGGAGACGUUGGAAGAAGCUGGAACAGGAAUUCGACGCGCGAUACUAGAGAUGAAAGGAUGUAUUGAAGUAAAUUGCAGACAACAGCUGUUGAUGGCUCAGGUAUUGGAUGAUCAGGUUGCAGGACCUCUCGAGUCACUGAAAGACGCAUCGGAGACCUACAUCCAGACGCUUGAGGGCGAGAUUCUUAAUGCUAAUAACGAGUAUGAAGCGGCAAUGACAGUGUAUCGAGAAGCUGCUUGUAGAUUACAUCGAUCUACGUUGGAAUUACGUGAAGCAAAGGAGAGACAAAGACUUGCACUGCAUGAGAUUGGUGUACCAGAGUUUGAACUGCAACGACUUGCUGCUCGUGUUGCUAGGAGUGAAGAAGAACAAGCUCAGGCGGUGAUGGCACGAGCACGUGCAAAGACGACAUUGUACAACCGGAUUAUUUCGAGAGAUGAAAUGACAAUGGCUGUAAGUGUGGCAUAUCAGAAGGCAGAGGAAGAACGAUUGGAUCAGCUGAAUGCAAGUUUGCAGCGCUUUCUUCAUGUAGAAAAGGAACGACUACAGCUUUCGCAGCAAAUGUUAAAUUCACUCGAGAUCCACGUGCAGAAUUUGAGUCGCGCUGAGGACAUACAACUAUUUAUUCAUAAUCAGCGUGAUCCAGACAAUAUGCAUUUUCAGGGAAAAGCAUUGGCUUUGUUGGAUUGGCAGUGGAGCAAAAUGCAGGCGGAUCAUGUGGGGAAUGCAAGGAGACACCCACCCGGUCUGCUGGAGCGUCGUGGUAGCACUGAAAACGGUUUAUUUGCGUCAUCGUCUUCAUCGUCGGUUUUGACAACAGCGUUGAGCUCAUCACAAUGUAAGUCGAGUGUUACCACUGGCGUGUUGGACUCUGUGGCUCCACUUGACAGUCCACAUGCUGUCCUCAAACAGACUCCCAUGAGCGCCGCUCUUCAUGAAUAUUUUGCAGGAUAUAAGGAACACGGAUCGUCCUCAUUCAAUGACUCAUCCGAAAGCGAAACAACGGUCAAUCUCCAACGACAACCAUCCAACGAUGAAAACGAUGAGGUUGGUACGACUUUGCAGACGUCUAGCAAUCACCAAGUAAGAACGUUGGCUGAGGCGCUUGUGUGUGAGACGUGCAAAACUGCAGAGGGUCGGGCUCUGUUCGUAAAAUGCUUGAAUCGGCAACGCAGUUUAGAGACCAAGGUAAAGGAUUAUGCAAGUUUUGAAGCCCUUGUCGCGUGCUUUGAUACGUUUCUUGACGAGUGUGUCCGUCACGACGAUAUUAAAGCGGCAAAGACUGCUAUGAUUUUGGCUGAGACGUUCUACUACCCAAAAGCGCCGCAGCAAGAGGCUCAACCAGAAUCAAAUAGCGACAAUUCAGAUAGCACGCGGUCGGGACGCAACGAAUGCACUCAUUCAAGAGACAGUGAGUCGGACACUUCGAUGCAACGGACGUCUGUGCUGUGUACGGAAAGCAGAGACUAUACCGAGCGUACAAGUAAAGAGCUGCUCCAUUUUGUAGACAAAAUGCACCCUUUGCUGCACGGAGAAGGAAUUGGCCGCGGUGCAACUCGAACGUAUUUGCAAGAACAAGUCAAAAAACAUUCCAUUUGGAAAACACCUGCGUUUUGGGAAAAGGCGCUUUUGUUGGCAAUUGGUGAGGAGCUACAGCGGACACCGCAGCCAUGCCCAUGGGAAGAAUUACCGAGCGGUGUUCCUAAACAUGACGGUCUGCCAUCACGCGAAGAAGCAGUGUGCCGCGUACACAACAUUGUGUUUGGCCAGCUUGGUUCGUUCACAUUAAGUAUGCUAGAGUUUGAUGUUCCACUUGCACAGAUCGAAUCGUUUGUGGAAACCAUAAGUGAUGCACAUGAACUGACAGAAGAUCAGCGAUUCUUGCUCCGAAAAAACUUGCAAGAAAUCUUCGCCACGCUACGUUGA